AUGGAGCCCCCAUCGUACCCUGUAAGCGGCCUCCAGACAGUCAGGGUAGCCCCCGGCAGUGACGCCGACCUUAUACUUCCGUUGCCCAAUGGCACACCACCCUUCCACUUCGAAUGGAGUCGUGCGGGAGCGUCCUUGGAUGACCGCUUCACUACAUCAGAGGACGCAAGCGGCAUCCGCUUGACCGUCUCCGCUGCUCAGACUGGUGACAGCGGCAUAUACACGCUGCAAGCCAGCAAUGCUGCCGGGAAGGACUCACACCGCUUGCGACUGGAAGUGUCUGCGGAGGAGACGCCAAGUGGCGAUGAUCCACCGACGUUUCUGCGGCGCUUGCAGGACCUCACUGUUAAAGUUGGCACUCGGACACGUUUCCUGGUUGAAAUCGUUAGUUCUACAGAGUGCAAGGUGACAUGGUAUCGCAAUGAGCGUCGGCUGAUGGAGGCCGAGCGAGUGGCGUUGGUAAGGGAUGGAAAUUUCUGGUGUGCAGAUGUUGCCACUGUGAGUGUCGAUGAUGCAGGACGAUGGACCUGCACUGCUGAGAACGCCGGUGGUAGGGCCAGUUGCUCCGCUCACCUCAAUGUCCUUGUACCAAAAGCGUACAAGCGUCCGGAGUUUGUCGAGGAGCUUCGUGCAUUACUCACAGAGCAAGGAACAGUAUCAUUGGAAUGCAAGGUGGUGGGGGUUCCAACGCCUGUUCUGCGUUGGUUUAAGGAUAGCCGCGAGAUUAAAGCUGGUGACGUGUUCGCCUUGACGGCUAAUGCGGAAGAUCCGACGUCGCUCGGCACUUACACGUGUGAAGCCGUCAAUUGCAUGGGUAGAGCCUAUUCCUCGUCUAAGGUACACGUUAUUGGCCGCGGCAGCAAGGAUGGAACCCUACGAUCAAGCUCGGGGGGAGUGUCUCCAGAGCCGCCUCCGAUAUUUACGAAAGAGUUACAGGACCAAUUUGUGAAAAUUUGCGAGCCCCUGACAAUGAGUUGCCACAUCGUGGUGCCGCCAUGGCCACGUAGUGUAGUGUGGUACAAUAAAGAAGGAAAAAUUGAACCAAGUGAAAGAUAUCAUGUGAUAGAGGAUGGUGUUGGGGGAUAUUUAUUAGAAGUACCCUCUGCAGAGUGGCCGGAUGAAGGCGAGUGGAAAUGUGUCGCAACUAGUACGGGGGGCCGCGUCGGUAUAUCCACCUGCUACGUCACUAUGGACGUACCAAAGAACUUUCGAAAACCUCGUUUUAUGGAGAAUUUACAGGCCGUGCUCACGGAAGAAGGACUUGUGUCAUUUGAAUGCAAGGUUGUUGGUUUUCCUACUCCAGUUUUAAGCUGGUUUAAAGACGGUCAAGAAUUAAAGCCAGGAGAUGUAUAUCAGUUGACUGGUACAAACUCCUUGGGUUCUUAUUGUUGCAUAGCCAGAAAUUGUAUGGGACAAGCGAACAGUUCGGCGGAACUUACGGUGGAAGAUAUUCAGAAUCAACUUAACGAAGAAGAAAAGCUUCAGUUAUUCUCGAAAAAUCAAGCACCGAAGUUUCUCCAGGGGUUAAAGAGUGUUGAAGCGAAAAUCGACGAACCAUUCCGUUUUACUGUUAAAGUUGCUAUUCCACCUGAACCAUCAGUACUCUGGUACAGAGAUGACCAACCGGUAGAUGAUUCUAAGCGCUGUUAUCUUGGCAAAGAAGAACGUGGAAUAUUCUACCUUGACAUUCAAACUCUGGAAUUUUUGGAUCAGGCUGAAUGGAAGUGUGUUGCUAUGAAUGACUUUGGACACAGUGUUACAUCAUGCUUUUUAAAGCUGAUUAUACCUCGGCAUUACAAGAAACCCCGUUUUUUGGAAAAUUUACAGGCCAUUUUAUCUGACGAAGGGGCUGUUAACUUAGAAUGUAAAGUCAUAGGAGUGCCUCAACCGGUUUUAAAAUGGUAUAAAGAUGGAGAAGAACUUAAGCCAGGCGAUAUUCAUAGAAUUAUAUCUGGUCAAGAUGGUACGUGUUGUCUUGGAACUUACACAUGUGAAGCGCAAAACUGUAUGGGUAUUGCAGCAAGUUCAGCUUCACUGUUAGGAUUUGACGAUUCUAUGAAGAUGAAAGGAAAGAAAAAAACUGACGAACAACCUUUACAAAGAAAUCUUUCUCUCAGUACUAUUCACGAAGAACGAACAUCUCAAAUGUAUGAUACACCAGUAGGAGAUAUAACUUUAGACGACAAAGGAGAAAUUUCAUUUUCUUUUGAUGGAAAGGAGGUGUCUGUGUCACUCUAUGAGACUCCUGAUUUAACAGAAGAAGAAGCACUACAAAUUGUUGAAAUGUAUGCCGAUCAACUUUCUGAAAAUAUAACGGAGCAUAACGUUGUUGAGCUUCCUCCACUAAGGUUCGUAAAAGAAACGUCUACCUCUGGUAAUUUGUUAAUGGAGGCAAUAAUUAUAGAUGUUUCUCCUGAAUAUUUUACAACUCCUGAAGAAGAUCUUAGAACUGAAGCGGAUAUUGAAGAUAUUUCUAUAGCUGAUGAAAACGGCCCCCCUCAACUAUCUUUAGAUCACGAACUUAAUGAAGAGGGCAAUUUAGAAAAAAGGAAUGUAUUAGUAUCAGAUGAACAAGUUGAUGAUCAUCAACAUUUGAGUAGGAAAAAAUCUGAUUCACAAAGAAGUGGUGAUUACUUUAGUUUUUCCCAUGAUCACUCGCUCUCAGAUGAAAAAAGAGACGAUGAUACCCAACUAUUAUCUGAAAGUGACCUACAGAGUUUUGCAAGUGCCCAUAGUUCUGAAAAACCAAAAUCAUUUAAACCAUCUCCAGAUGAGGGCCCUGAAUCAUCAGAGGUUACUAAGACCACUAUAUACAAGGGUGAAAUUGGAAAAAAUUACACAGAUCAGGAAUCACGUAAAUUGAAACGUGAAAGAAGAAGCAGCUGUAGUUCUAAAACAUCUAGUUCAGGGAGUGAAAUAUCACAUACAAAGUCAAAAGGACAGUUUUUACAAAAAUGCGAGAGUGUAAGCCAAUCAUUAUCCCGACACAAGGACUUCGAAGAAAAAGUAAUCGCUAUAAAAUCAACUUUAGGUAUUAUCAAGAAUGAUUUACAAAUUUUAGAAAAAGAUAUUAUUUUAAAAUCUGAGUUAAUGUCUUCAGUUGCUACAGCAUCAAAAAGCUUAGAAAUUAUAAAUAGUUUGUUGACUCCUCUAUCUGAAAUACACACUUUAACCGAAGCAGCCAUUGAAUCAAUAAAUGAAAUUAAUAAUGAGAAUAAUAAUAUCUUUAAAACUAUGCCAGAAUCAUUAAGAUCGCUUCAACAAUCUCUUACAGUAAUAGAAAAAUGUAUCGACAUUGAAAGUGAAAAUAAAACCCUUGUAAAGAAGACUUGCAUAUCGUUAAUGGAAAAAUGUGGGGACCAAAUGCAAAAUUUAAUGUCAAAAAUUACAUCUGUUACCUCUAAUAACUGUUUUAAAAUGGAGGACAAAACGUUGUGUGACAUACAAUCUCUAACAUAUGAAAUAAAUAAUAUCCUUAAUUUUACAGCUGAUACUAUUAAAACUAGGAAGUUACUAAUCGAAGCAAGUGAAUUGCGUGUUGAUGAAUUAUCCAGUGAUGUUAAACAUUUAAAGGAUACUCAAAAAGGUAUAUAUGAAUUAAAAAGACCUGUCAUGUCACUACUUAACAUUGUAGAAAAUGCGGAGAAGUGUGAAACAGGUAUUUUGACGGUAAACAGUAGUUCUGUUAUCCUUGCUGAUAUGUCUGCGUCAAUUCAAGAUUUGCAAUCGGCGCUAGAACAAAUAGAAUCUUUAUCAAUAAAGGAAUCAGCAACAGUAAUUACAAAAUACAACACGGAAAUAAUAGAUGCUGUUAUGAAUUCUGUACUAAAAUUAAGAAGUUCUUUUGAACAUCUUUCGCUGGAAAGUAAAAAUAUUGAUGAUAGUCUUAUGUUAAAGCAAAAUCUAACUUUAGUAAAAAGUAAUCUCAAUGACAUUUUUUCGCAAUUAAAGCUGAUUGAAAAUAAUAUUGGGUGUUUUGAUAUAUUGCAAAGUGAAAAUAAGUUAGAAGCACUACAAAAAAUGGCUCAGGUUUUAAUUGCAUUGGAGAAUAAUUUACCUAGACUAGAAGUAAUCCCUAAUUUAAAAGUUUCCAUGAAUUUAUUUCACAAACAAUUGACAAGGAUAUUGGAAAACGUUAUUGAAAGUAACGACGCAGAAAAGUAUUUUGUCCUUAUGGAAAUAUGGGACGCACUUAAGAGGGUUAAUAGUUCAAUAUAUGACAUAGACUCUCAAAGCGAAUUAUGUUUAGCUAGUAUGAGUAACUCACUGAAAAUAAUAAAAGACUGUGUAGAUAGAAAUCUUUUUGAAUCGGAACUAAACAAGUCUAUAAUUACUAAUAUGUCUGAUAUUCUCAUUUGUAUUCAAGAAGUGUUAAACCAAGCUGAAAAUGAAAGUUUAAAUAUUAAAUCUGAAUAUAUUCAACAAGCAUCUGAACGUGAGUUUGAUAAAAUGAAAGCUGAUAUUGUGAUGGAACAAAUUGAUAAAACUCUAGCAGCUAUUGCCGUGGUUACAUCUCAUCAUGCUUUGGAAGAACAAGGGCCACUUUUGCCUGUUAUAGAAAGUAUUUGUCCACUUUUAGAAGAACUUAAACACAGUGUGGCUUGUGUAGGACUAAGUGGAAUUGAACGCGAAGAACAUAUUUCAGAGAUUACUGAAAAUUCUUCUCAAGCAACGGAAACCUUAGCGAAACCUCUUUGCGAACUAAAUCGACAUAUUUCAAUUCUCAAUGAAAUUAUAUUAGAAAAUCCUGAAAGUUUUUCUGAAAGUAUUCAGCAAAUUUCCGCAUUUGCUCAGCCACUUAACGAAUUAUAUAAAUCUCUAGAAACAUUGCAACACAAUACUAUUUCGCAAAUUGGGUAUGAUUUGUCACCUUAUGACUUAAAUAAAAACGUUGCAAAUGCAGUUCAAAAUUUAUAUAAUACAACGCUGAUGAUACAUGAAAAUAUUGGGAUGGAAGCUGUUGAUGAAAUAUCAACUCUUGAAGAUAUUUCGGGUAUAAAAACUAUGGCAGAAACUAAUCUUUCUGAUGUUCUCUUAUUACCAAUUGUAAAUAAAACUAAGGUUCAACAAUCCUUAGAAUUCAUGGAUAAAUUCAAGACGUCUGCUGCUGCUCAAGCGUUGCACAUACUUAAUAAACACAUUAUAAAAAUUCAAAAUCAUGAGGUAAUGAAUACACUGGAAGCUCUGUCGAAAAAAAGCCAAUAUUCUAAUUUGAGGUCAUUUGUGGAGGGCUUAUCGAAUUUGCACGCUAAGAUUCAAGAAAAUUUAAGUCCUAUAGAAAUAAAUGUUUCACAAGACUUUAUAAAUAAUACAAAUACCUCCACGUUAGUCCCCAUAGCAGAACUUAUGCUUGAGCUUCAACAGUGUUUAUCUUUAGUAGAUACUAGUAACAUUCCAAUUUUUGAGGAUAUUUUAGAUAUUUCACCAGACACAAUACAUUCCGUUUUUCAAGGCAUAACCGAAUUUAAAACCCAUUUAGAAGCAAGUAUUCAAAUUUUACUUCCUGCUUUGGAAAUUGCAGAUAAGACAGUAAACAUAUCUUAUCACAUUGAAACACUAAAGGAGUCAUGUGUACUAUUAAGUGAUCUAUUAAUAUCUGCUAAAAUUAACUCUAAUACUAGUCUCAUUGCCAAAAAUAUAGAGUCCUUAGAAGUGGACCUUGUAAAUUUUUUGCAUUCUUUUGAUAUUUUAAAAGGGAUUAAUGUUAAAAAUAUUAAGACUAUUGUUGAAGAUAUUUAUGAAAAUCUUUUGAUCAUUCAAGAAGAAAUCGUACCACUUAUAUCAUCGGAAACAAAAGAACCGGAAAAAUUUCUAUUAAUACAAACAUUAAAUGACAUCGAAGCAAACAUCGUUAUCUUAGAACAAUUUAAUUUUGUUGAACUUUCAGAAUCUUUAGAGUGCCGUUAUAGUACUCCUUUUAAUGUAAUUGAAUUAAAAUUGGAACCACUUUAUCAAGUGGAAGAUAUUGUUGUUAGUACUACAGAUGUUUUAGAAAAUUUAGAAAAUAAAGGAAAAAGAGAUCAUUUAGUUGAAGUUGAAAAAUUUAUCAGAACGUGCAAAAGUGAAUUUAUCAUCCUGCGAUCCUUGAUAACAAAACAACUUACGUUCAAACGAAUUAUGAGAAUAUAUCAAAAAAUAUAUUUUCUACGUAAUGCUAUUACUGCUUUUGAUGCAAAUGUGUCGAAAUUUAAUUUAUCAUAUGAAACAAAAAGCUCUUUAUUAAAUUUUAUAUCAAAAGCUAAUACAUGUUUGAAUAGUGCACAAAUUUCUCUUAAUAAAAUCUUUGAAUUUCAUACUGAUAUAAUUUAUACAACACCUUUGGCAAUUCUUUCUGAUAACUCAAAAUAUCUAAGCAAUACAUCAGAAAAAAAUAUAUCAUCCGAAUUAGCUGACAUUAUAAAAACAUUUUUAAAGGUUGCAGAGAUUGUAUUACCAACGAUAGAAAAUGUACGUAUUAACGUUAUUAACGAAUUAAGUAAUUUUACUGAAACGGAUGCAAAUGAAAAAGAAAUUUUAGAUGAGUGGGAUAAAUUUGUUAAAUUAACUGAACAAACAUCUUUAACUAAAUCAUUAGGUAUAGAAUACAAUCAAAAAUUAGAAAAUAUGCUUUGUUGUAUACAGCAGUAUAAUUAUAUAAAGGAUGCGCCUGGGUCUGGAAAACAACUAAUUUUACUUAUGUGUAUGGCGGAAUGUUCGCAAAUGUUAAAACAAAUGAAGGAACUAAAAGCGCAUGACUUUAGUAGAAAAACUCCACUCAAUGAAAUCUUAACAAGAAUGAUAAUUUCGCUUAAAGCUUUUAAUAAGCAAAUGGGAGAUUCUGAAAAAAGUAGUAUUUUGGAAAUUAAUAUAAUAAAUUCCAUGAACUUAGAAUCUACAGAACCUUCCUUUGAAACUUUGAAUGUAAUCUGUGAAGAUUUAAAACAUGAAAUACAAAUAGAAGCAUUUGCAGUAACUGAGGUAGAUAAAAGUUUAAUGUCUGAAAUAUGUAAAGAAAUAGAGUUAAUUCAAAACAAUUUGCAAUCUUUAGAUGAAAAGAGAGUAAAAGAUAUGAUAAAGACUUUAAAUACAAUAGGAAAGUCGCUUAAUAUCAUUUUGUCUUCGGAGAAAGAAGAAAAUGACAAAUAUAUUUUAAAAGCUAACUUCGAAAAGCUUUUGAAUCACCUUGUUCAGUAUAUUGAUUUAAUUGAAAAUUUACAAAAAAUACCUGAAGUAAUCAAGAUUGAUAACUUAGUACCGUCUAUGAAUUUAGCAAAAGAAUUACGUACGACAUUCGUGAAAAGUAUCAGUAUUAGUGAAAAAGUAAACGAUGUAAAUAGUUUAAAUGAUAUGGUUAAAAAUGCAGAUAAGCAAAUACACAGUUUACAAGAAUCAUUGUCUAUGCUUCAGGUUCAAUUGCUUGAACACUGUAGUAAUGCUACGUUAAAUUUUGAAAAAGAUGAUUUUCAGCACGCUAUGGAAGUGGUUUCGGAUCUACAGAAAGAUUUGUUAGUUAUAUCAGCGGGACAAACUAUUAUAAACAUCUCUAAUAAUGGUAUCGAUAAUAACGAGUUAAAUAAAGACACUGCUAUUAUAGAUAAUCUUCAAGCUAGAUUGUUUAAUGAUAAAGCAAUAAAAGACAAAGAAAUAUCUCCAAUAUUGGAGGGUGCUGUAGAUGAAAAGUUUAAAAAUGAGUUUAAACUAUUAGUAUAUAAAGACAGUGAAGUCCAACCUAAAAUGAACAACGUACAAAGAGAUGAAAUCAACUUAGGUACUCAAUUUGAUAACGGAAAUACUAAUACAGAAUAUUUACAGGAAUGUGAAAUCUUAAGCGAUAAGACUCAUACACAAGCUAGCGAAACUGUUAUAACUAAUUUAGAUAAAAAAGAAAAUGUAGAUACGUCAGAGAAGAAUACUGCAAAUGUGGCAAUAAUUUUGGGUGAAUUAGUUAAUCACCUUGAAGAAUUUGCUUCUUGCAGCGAUGUAGUUAGUCGAUUAGUUUUAUUGACAAACAUCACUCAUCUGGAAGAUUGUAUGAAAACAGCAAAGGCCUUAAAGGAGAAAAUUACUGAGUCGCUGUUAAGUCCAGAAAACACAGUUAGAAAUUUUUUUCAAAAAGGAUAUAUUGAUAAAAACUAUGCAAGUUUGCCUCAAGACUUUUAUGAAACCCUUAAAUUUUUGCAAAAACAAAUGCAUAAUAAGACAAAAGAACUCUCAGUUGAGUUUGGUGAUGUUAGUCUGCAACGUAUGAAUAAUGUCUUAACUAACCUAGUCUUGAAAAUACACGCUGUAUUUAUUUCUGAAAAAACCAACUUUGAAGAACUAAAUAACAACAGGAACUUCAAUAUUACAACAGCAUCGGAGUUUGUAGUAGAGACCUUUGCAAAAAAUAUUGAUGAGAAAUUAUAUUCUGAAAAAUCCGUGUAUGACUCUAAAACAUCCCAAGAAACUGACAUUAUAUCAUCGAAUGCCUCUCAACAAGGGCUUUCGACAAAAGAAAUAUCAGAUAACAUGGAAAAAAAUUGUCUUAAAUAUAUUUCAAAACUGCCAAUUUGUUCUGAAGUAUUAGAACAAAUGGAAUCAACACAAGAGAACUUACAGCAACUUCAAGUUGAGUUGACCCAAAUAGUUGCUACGAGCACUGUUUGUAAUGAGGAAAACGAUUUAAUUGUAACUAAAAAUCUUGAUUCCAUUUUCUUUUACGAGGAUACCUUAGACCAGAGUUUCAAUGAUAACAAUAAAAAAAGUCUACCAUCUUCUACCGAUAUUAAACAAAAAGAUUCUUUAUAUAGAUUAAAAUCUUUACUCCAAGAAGUUUGCAAUAAAAUUGAUAUCUUAGCUACUGUUGAGACUGCUGAUGAUAUUGAAAUUCUUCAGAAUACAUUGGAUGAGAUUCAAGCGGUAAUUAUUGAAUUAAAAUGCGAUUACGAUGGAUCUGUAAGUGACGCUUUUAAUGAAACUCUUGAAGACUUAGAGUGUAGUGUGAGGAGUGUUCAACUCCAAAUACACGAAGGUAGUCCACCAGAACUGCUUAAGGAAGCUUGUGCAGCACUGCAGUUGUUGGUAACUAACAUGUGUGGACUCCAAGAACUUCAUCUAUCUCACAAUAUGUCUACUGAAAUAAAAUUAGAUAACAUUCUUCAAACGUGCUCUAAUGAUACUGCAGCCAUCGUUACUUUGUUAGAUGCAACAUUAGAGUUGAAGACAAGUGGUCCGAGUGAAUUUAGUAUUUUUAUUGCUGAUCUAAAUACAUUAAAAUGCUUAAUAAAAACAUUAAAAUCUAAUUUUGAUCAAAAAAUGGAAACAUUAAUAGAAAUGGGAAUUGAAAUAAAUCAAAACCUUGAUCUUGUCGAGGAUCGAGUAUUCACAUUAGAAAAAGAUGUUGAUUUAAACAAAAACUUAAGUUCUAAUGAUAGGGAUACAAUUAUCACUGUUAUUCAUUCUGUUUAUGGUAGUAUCUCAAAUAUGAGGGGUGCAAUAACAAGUGUACAAAAGCAAUAUAUGUUUGAAAAUUAUGGGAAACCCUCAACACUUUUUUUAAAUGCUUUGAAGAAUAUUGCCUUAAUUGUUCAAACCACCGGUGAAAGUAACUGGAAAAAAAUAGCAAAAUCUUUACGAAAAGUGUUAAACCACUUCGAAGACAUCAAAUUUUACAUUAAUUUCGACAAAACUGCAAGGCUUCCUAGUGAUGCUGCAUUUACAAAGAUUAUUCUUUUUGACCUUAAAUCUGUAAUUACUGAAGUUAUUUUAGCAAAUGAAACUCAAUUGAGUCCAGAAAUUAUUGCUAUCGCUAAAAAUACUGCUGUUUGUUUAGAAUCGAGAUUACUUGAUAUAGAAAAUCAAUCACAUUUGGAAGUUAAAGAGAAAAUACCUAUAUUUCAAUCUAUAGCAUAUCAGUUACAUUUAUUGACAGAAUCUAUCAAAGAUUAUUUAAUCGUCAAUACAUCUAGUCAAGACAAGGAAGGAAAAACAUUAAAUAAAAAUAAAACAAUUACAAAAAAGAGGGAUAUUAACAUAUUAGAUCAAGAUGUACCAAACACAGAAACAACAAAUACAGAUUUAUCUGAACAGUCUACUAUCGCUGAUCCUUUAAAAACAAAAUCUUUAGAGGAAAAUAAAGAAGAAUACUAUGAAUGUGAUACGAAAAAUUUAAGUGAUUUAUGGAAUUCUGAAGCAGAAACAAUUAAAUCUAAGAUAAAUGUACUAGAAAAUGAAAGCAAUAAAAGCCAAAACUAUAGUGAAAUUAAUAAUGAAAAUAGUAUAAAACUUGAUACUUGCCUAGUAAAUGAUUCCCACGAGAAUACUAAAAUGUAUUUUGGAAAACUAGACACAAGUAUACCAAACUUUGCUUUAGAGAUUGUUCCUGAAUCUGUCAUGUCGGAAAAUAUAUUAGAACAAUCACUUUUAAAAAUAGAAGAACCGAAACCGCUGGAGGCUUCUCCAUUGCAUGUUGUAGAAACUCGUGUUUUAUACGAAGCUCAAACUGCUGUGGCUGUGUCAGAUCAAUUAAUUGAGUUUGAUCAAAAGGCAGAAGCCCCAUAUGAAUCUGAUAAGCUAGAAAUUUGUGCUAAUAAAAAAAAUCAAUUAUCAACAUGCAAUGAAAAUGAAUUUACACAAAAUUCUGACACUGUUACUGAUCUUGUAAAUAAUCAAAGCUAUAAGGAGAAAAUGGAAAUGAUGGAUAGUAAGCGAAUUAUACAACAAGAAUAUAUACCUUCUGAUAACACUCAAGUAUCUGUAACAAUAGAAGUACCGUGUAAUAAACUGGCAGAAUCUAAAGAAAUUUUAGAAAAUAAUAUUAGGGAAAGUGCUUUGACAUUACAAUCACAAACAAGUUUAAUUACUCAAGACAAUGAUAAAAUUGAAAACAAUGAGAACUUUGAAGAGGACAAGGAGAAAAAAGAUUUGGAUCAAUUAGGUAAUGAUUUGGUAAGUGAAAAUGAACGAGUACAAUUAAAUAAAAGUGAGCCCCAAAUCACUUUUAAUGAAUAUCAAAAAAGAAAAUCAAGCGAUGGUCAAGAUAUUUUAGAAAAAGAAGAGAAAGAAAUACAAGUAAAAGAAAUGAAAUCGGAAGAAAGAAAUUUAGAGUUAGAACUAAACAAAGGAGAUAAACAAAUUUCUGAAGAGUGUGAUACUAUGAUGCAUAGUGAAAUUAAUGCAAAUGUAAUGCAAACAAUUGACGUCUUAACAAAUGAUAUAAAAAUAGAUUCGAAAAGUAGUGAAUCAAUGAAUCCAUCUCAAGAUACGAUUGAUCAAGAAAAACCAGACGAAGGAGACCGAAAUGUCUUUAGAAAAUCAAAAGAAAACAAAAAACUAAAGAUGGUGAUGGAAGUGAAACCAGAAUCAAUAAAACAGUUAGCUAAGCAAUCACAGGAUUCUUCAGAAAUUAAUAAUUUUGUGCAAGAGCAAGACAAAGUAAUUACUGAAAUAACGGUGGACAAUCAUAAAAGUGUGCAUGUUCACAUUGACAAAAAUGAUGAUCUUACGUCAAAUGACAUACAGUCUAGCGAUCUAUGCCAAGGCAUACUUAAUCGUGAACGAGGUAAAAUACAAACAAAUGAAAAUAAUCAAAAUGUUUUGAAUAUCCCUGAAAAACAUGAAUCUUUACAAGAGAAAGAAAUUAAAUCUGAUGUGAAGAUACAAGAAACAAAACAGUCACAAUCCACUAUAGAAACUAAUAGUAAUAUAGAAGAACAAAAUAAAGUACAUAUCACUAUAGACGUUGAUACUAUAAAGCAAGUUGAAAUUAAUAAAAAUGACUUGCAAUCAAUAAAUGACUUAGCCACAAAUCAAGCAAUAAUGCAGUUGGAAAUAAGUCAAUCAAUCCAAUCACCGAAGGAUGAUGAUGAAACUAUUAUAGAUAAAGUAACCGAUAAAGUAGUAAAAGAAGAAAAACAAAACAAAGUAUGUGAAACAAAAAUAUUAGUAACAGAUCAACUACAAGACGCUGUUGAAUUCAAUAUUAAUUUAAAAGAACAAAAUAAGGAAAAUUUUGAUGUAACUUUAGACAGUGAUACCAGUAAAGACAUUGAAAUAAAUAAAAGUAAAUUACAAACAAAUAAUGGCAUAGGUAUAAGUGAAACAAUCAUACAAGUAAAAAGAGAUAAAUCAAACGAUCGACCAGUUGAUACGAUGGAUAAAAAACAAAAUAAAAUAAUUGUGAAAGAUGACGCUGAAAUAAUUUUAGAUAAAUCAAAAAUAAUCGAGGGUAAAUUCAAAGAAAAAGAAAUAGAACAUGAAACAAGAAUGCAAAUAACAGGUCAGUCACAACUCGCUAUAGAAACCAGUAAUAUAGAAGAACAAUACAAAGUAAAUCCCGUAAUCACUAUAGACAGUGAAACUGUAAAGCAUAUUGAAAUUAAUAAAAAUGCCAUGCAAUCAAUAAAUGAAUUAGCUACGAAUGGAUCAAAAAUGCCGUUGGAAAGAAGUCAGUCGAUCGAACCAUGUGAAGAUAAGGUUAAACAAGAACUAUAUAAAAGAAAGUCAAAAGAUGAUGGUGAAGUUAUUUUAGAUAAAUCAAUAGUAAUCGAGAAAGUAGUAAAAGAAGAAGACAAAGUAUAUGAUACUAGAAUACUAGUACUAGAGCAACCACAAGACACUGUUGAAAUCGUUAGUAAUUUAAUAGAACCAAAUAACGAAAAUAUCGAUGUAACUGUAGACAGUGAUACCAUUAAGGACAUUGAAAUAAAUGAAAGUGAAUCACAACCAAAUUAUAGCAUAAGGAUAAGUGAAGAAAUCAUACAAGUAAAAAGAGAUCAAUCACACAAUCUACAAAAUGACACGAUGGAUAAAAAACAAGAUAAAAGAAUGUUGGAAGACGAUGUUGACAUUGUUUUAGAUAAAUCAAAAUUAAUCGAGGAAAAAAUCAUAGAAAAAGAAAUAGAAGAAGAAAGUAAAUUACAAGUAACAGGGCAGCCACAAGUUACUAUAGAAACGGAUAGUAAUAUAGAAGAACAAAAAAAAGUAAAUACCGAAAUCACUAUAGACAGUGAAACUGUAAAGCAUAUUGAAAUUAAUAAAAAUGCCACGCAAUCAAUAAAUGAAUUAGCCACGAAUGAAGCAAAAAUGCCGUUGGCAAGAAGUCAGUCGAUCGAACCAUGUGAAGAUAAGAUUAAACAAGAACUAGAUAAAACAAAGUCGAAAAAUGAUGAUGAAACUAUUUUAGAUAAGUCAAUAGUAAUCGAGAAAGUAAUAAAAGAAGAAGACAAAGUAUAUGAAACAAAAGUACUAGUACCAGAGCAACUACAAGAAACUUUUGAAAUCAAUAGUAGUAUAAUGGAACAGAAUAAGGAAAACAUCGAUAUCACUUUAAAUAGUGAUACCAUUAGGCACGUCGAAAUAAAUAAAUGUGAAUCACAAACAAAUAAUGCCAUUGCAAUAAGUUCAGAGAUAAUGCAAGUAAAAAGAAAUCAAACAAACGAUCUACCAACCGAUAUGAUGGAUCAAAGACAAGAUAAAAGAAUGUUGAAAGAUGACGAUGAAAUUGCUUUAGAUAAAUCAAAAGGAAUUGCGGAAAAUUUCAAAGAAAAAGAAAAUGAAACAAAAAUACAAGCAAUAGGUAAGUCUCAAAUCACAAUAGAAACUGACAAUAAUAUAAUAGAAAAAAAUAAAGAAAGUACCAAUCUCACCGAAGACGGUGACACCCUCAAGUAUCUUGAAGUUAAUAGAAAUGAAGUGCAAUCACAGAAUGACUUGGCAACAAGUGAGUCAAUAAUGCAAUCAAAAGUAAUUCAAUCAAUUGACCUAUCACAAGGCAUGAUUGAUCAAGAACAAGAUAUACAAGAUGACAAUAUGACAAGAAAAGUAAAGGAAGAUGAAUAUUUUAAUGAUAAAGGAAUUGAGGAGAAAUCAAAAGAAAAGGUAAUAGAACAGAAAACAGUAAAUGGACCAAUAGAACAUCCACAGGAUAUUGUAGUAAUUAAUAAUAAAACGUUGGACCAAAAUAUCGAAAAUGUUGGAAUCUUGAAUGUUGAAACUAAUAAAAAUGUUGAGCUAUUGAUUGAUCUAAGUGACCUAAAAACAUGUGAAAGUAUACAAUUGAAAGAAAGCCAGUCGAGCACAGCUGUUUCCAGCGAGAAUGAUAUUUAUAAUUGGACUAACGAAAAGGAAAAAACUGAAAAUAUUUUGAAAAAUGAGAUUGAAGAAGAUACGAUAAAUAAAAGCUAUAUUAGUGAAGAAAUGGAUAGUCAUAAACUACUUGUGAAAAAAGAAGAAACUGAAAUGCUUAGUAAAUUGAAAAAUUCAAUUCUAAGCGUCAACACGACACUACAUCAAAAAGAAAUAGAAAAAGAGAGUACUAACAUAAAUCAACAAAAUGAUAAAAUCAAAACGAAUGACAAACAUACAGAUAAAGUUGUAACAAAUACUGAAAAGGAAAAAGAAAGUGAAGAUAAACUUCUUUUAGAGGAGAACGAAAUAACAAAUAAAUUUUUAAUAAACAAUACUUUAAAAUUAUCAAAACAGGAACAAAGGCAAGAUAAUAAUAAAGAAGUAAAUUAUAAUAAAAAAGAAAGAGAAGAAAUUACAAAGGAAGGACGUGAAUCUAAAGCUUUUGAAUCAAAUAACAUAAAAAGCGAUUUAGAAACAAUGAAUUUGCAAGAAGUCAAUAAAAUAGCUUCUGAAGGGCUAAUUAUCAACAAACAAAAAGAAAAGAGUGAUGAAGAAGACAAGAAAGAUUUCCAACAAAAUUGUUUAGAAAAACCAGUGAAAAUGAUUACAAAACAUAAAAACCAAAAUAUGAAUGAGAAAAAACAAGAUAUCUCAAAAUAUGAAACUGAAACAAAAAGUCAAGCAACUGGGCAGUCACAUAUCUUGGAUAUCUUAGAUCAAAGUAAAGAAAAUACACAGAUGUUAGAUGGUAAUAGUUUAAACAAAUCACAAGAAAAAAAGUGUGAUACUAUGGAAUUAACGAAUAAUGUUAGCAUUAAAGAGGUCAGUAUAUUGGAAAAAGAAUUAAUGAAAGAUACAAUUUUGGUAAAAGAAUUAGAAAAUAAAAAGAGUUAUUUUGAUUCUGUGGGAAGUGAAGAAACCUAUUUAAAUUUACAAAAUGAAGCAAUAUCGAACAUGGUACAAUCGAUACAGUUGCCUCAACAUGACUUGAACUUACAAGAGAUUGAUAAAAUUAAUGAAACCUUGGGUAUUAAAAAUACUUCACCUAAGUUUUUAACUAAUUUGGAUGAGCUAAAAGAAGUUCAAGAAUCUCCAGACCAAGAAACAAUUAAGAGUAAAUCAGUUAACAUAGAAAAUACUGAUUCAGAUAUAGAUUUUGAGGGAGGAUUUCAACGGGAUAAAAGUGGUGAUAAGACGCAACUGGAAGAUGCCACAAGCUUAUUUACAGAUAAUAAUAUAACAGAGCUCACUGAAAAACAUAUCGCAAAUGAUCAUGCAGAAAACUUUCGAAAAGUUUACGGCGCAGAGGAAAAGAAAUUAAAUAAAGCGUAUGAAGUUGCUACUGAAGAAAAACAAGGAAGCACAGAAAGGCAAAAUAGUAAGAUUGAAGUAUUGAAUAAUACAAUCAAAUCGAAAAAAUGUGAUAAGAUACAAAUUUUCGACAAAAAGCAAUCAUCGGAAGAAAAGGUAGAUCUUUCUGAGAAAAAAAUUAAAGAUCAACGUGAAAAAAAUGCAUUUCGUACUGAAACUAUUAAUGACUCGUCUUUAAAUGAGCCGAAGAUUAAACCAGAAAAUGUUGAAGAAGAAAUAAAUGAUCACAAGGAUUCCAUUAAAGAAUUGGAAAAACCUUUGAAUGAUCUAAUAAAUGUAAGCCAAAAUAAACAAACUGAAUUUAAUUUAGAUCAAUAUUCUCGGAGUAAUGAGUUCUUAAGUACCAUGGUAGAAUGCGAAUCAAAAGAAAAAAAAGUAUUGAUCGACCGUUCUAAGAGCGCUUCUGAACCGGUCUGCGAUUAUUCUAUGUCAGUAAUAAAUAUGGGACAGAUUCAGACAUUUUAUAAAGUUGAGACAAUUGCAUAUGAUUCGCAAUUACGAUCAUCAUUACCUCCGAGCUAUGAAAAUACCAAAAAUAAUGAGACUGCGGAAAGCAAUUCAAAAUAUAAUCAAAAGUCUAAAGCUCAAAGUGAAGCUCCAAGUAUUACCACCCAAAAGCGGCCUUUACGAGAUGUUAAAAGAAAACCUGUUUUUUCAACACACCUUACAGAUAGAACAGCAGUGGAAGGUUCUAGAGUUAAACUUACUUGCAGUGUUUUAGCUUCAUCGGAACCAAUCAUAUUAUGGUAUAAGAAUGGUGUACCGCUCAAUAAUAAAUUAAAAUAUAGAACUAAGUACAUAGAUGGAUUAAUAACAAUGGAAGUUCUUAAUGCAGUGCCAAGUGACUCUGCAGAAUAUAGAUGUACAGUAGAAACAGAAAAUGGAUCAGUUACUACUUGUGCAAACCUAAAGGUUUAUCCUAGUUUUGAAGCAUCUCCUAUACCACCUACGUUUACACGCUCAAUAAGAGAUACAUAUCAUUUAGCGGAAAAUGAAUUAAUCUUAGAAUGCAGAAUUAGAGGACAACCAUUACCUACUAUUACUUGGUUAAAAGACGAUAGACCUAUAUCUUUAUAUGAACGAUACCAAGCAUAUUAUUUAGCAGAUGGUGUUUGUAGAUUGGUUAUUAAUUCUCCCUGUCCCGAAGAUAGUGGGAAAUUCACAUGCAAAGCUGAAAAUUCAAUUUGGACUGACCAAAUAAGUCAUAUAGUAAAUUUUUCAGGCUUAAUGCAAUCGGGAUCUAAUUUAACGACAUGGGGAAAAUCUAGAAUUGAUCAUCAAGUUAUAGAAGGACGACGACCUCAUUUUACUAACGUUUUAACUGAUUACAAAGUGUCUAAGGGAGGAACGAUUGGAUUGCAAGUUGAAAUUAAGGGAUCUCCAACAAGAGUGGAAUGGUUACGUGAGGGACGUUCGAUAACUGAAAUUUACAGAAAUGCUGAGACAUUUGUUGACCAUGGUUUAUAUACAUUAGCAUUAUCUGAUGUAACUGAGAAAGAAUCUGGUGUCUAUACAUGCAGAGCGUGGAGUAAGAACGACAAAGUUGACAUGAAUGCUGCCAUAACAGUUGUCCAACCAAAUGAAAUUGAGGGCAAACCUGCGGUCAUUAUUGGCAGACCUCAAAAGGAUAUUGUCAUAUCGGUUGGUGCAGAUAUAAAUAUAUCUUUUCGAGUCAACGGCGAGCCCAAGCCAAAAGUGACUUUCAUGAAAGGUAUUCGUGACAUAACAAAUAGUCAACGUGUUUGUAAAAUGACGUCUGAUGAUUACGUCAAGUUCACCUUAAAAAGAUCUGUUGUUUCGGACGCUGGCACGUACUGUAUAUUUGCUAGAAACGCCUAUGGUUGUGAUAGGGCGUUUGUAACCGUUGCGGUGAGGCAGCGCGCUUCAUCUGAAAGUUUGAUAUCUGAUUGGACUUAUCCUACCGAUGAUUCAGCGAUGACGGUUGCUAAACAACGGUUUAAAUCUGUGCCUAACCGAAUCCCGGGAGAGCCGAGCGUAGUAGACGGUGGAAAUAACUGGGUAUCCCUUGCUUGGCCAAAGCCUGAUUCUCAAAGUGGGUCAUCUGUGAUAGCGUACAAAGUUGAGAGUUGGUUACUUGGUAAAGAAGGUGGGGCUCGUUGGACAGAACUUGGUGUAACACCGUUGAACUCCUUCGAUGUUUUCAACAUUAAGCAAGGAGAAGAGUACCAUUUUAGAGUAACUCCAAGAAAUAGGUACGGUUGGGGAGAAUCAGUGCAAACAACGUCACCAAUCGGCGUCGGUCUAGCUGGCGAUAGACCCGAGUUUGUUGAUAUUCUACCCGGACAGUUAAAAGUAUUGGUUGGCGAAACGGUAACUCUAAAGUGCAGUUUUAAAGGUAAACCGAUUCCGGAAAUUGUAUGGAUGAAGAAUGGACACGAAAUUGAUGAAGAAGACAGUCGGUUAAAGACUUCUUUAAAUGGAACUAACUGUUGCCUGACCAUUAACGAUGUUAGAAUAGAAGAUGAAGCAAGGUACAGUUGUGAGGCCACAAAUGUACAUGGAAGGUCAUCAACCUACGCGAGAAUUGCAGUUAUCACGGACCGACUUAUAUGGGAAGCAGAUGCUAAACUUAAGAGAGAGAGAUCAGCAGACGUCGAAAUAGGAGAAUAUCCUCCGCAGUUCACAAUGAGAUUACGUGAUCGUCGAGUUCAAGCCACGUAUCCAGUCCGGUUAACGUGUCAAGUUGUUGGAAGACCACCCCCUAUAGUUACCUGGUUUAAAGAUGGAGAGGAAGUGACGAAUGAUGCACGCCAUACGAAAUUCCAAGACGAGCUCUUCUACACAUUGGAAAUUGCGCCCACAAACCUUGAAGACGGAGGUGUGUACGAGGCGACGGCACGCAACAACAGUGGUGCUAUUAGCUGCCACUGCAACUUGGUAGUGGACAAAGGCAUUAGAGCUUACGUAGCGCCGGAGUUCUGUUGCGGUCUAGAACCACUUUAUGAAGUUUCUGUUGGUGACGAAUUGAGAAUAUCAGCUGUGGUGGAAGCGUAUCCUUCCGUUGGAGUGACUUGGUUCCGAGACGGAAUCCGGCUCCGACCCAGUCGGCGCGCGGUUAUGACACUGGAUCACGAUGGUCAGAUCGAAUUGGCGGUAGCGCCCAUCACCCAACGUGACGCCGGUAUUUAUACAUGCACUGCCUCCAAUGAAGUUGGGAAGGCAUCUACCUCGGGCAAGGUCGAAGUAUUGGGUAACAGCACAGAAGAGAGGAAUCAAACUAUUCCAACUGUGAUAUGUCCUAAUGUUCCAUAUUCAAAGGAACCGAUGUUUACACGAAAACCAAGAUCGAGCGAAGCUCGCGAAGGCGACACAGUUAUUAUUGAAUGCGAGGUUAUAGGUGACCCUAAACCUGAAGUUUACUGGCUUAGAGACUUUUUACGGCCCGACUAUUAUCGUGACGCAUCGCACUUUAAACGUGUCGGCGCUGGUCCCGAAUACCGGUUUGAGAUACCACACGCGAAGCUCGAUUACACUGGGACGUAUUCGGUUGUGGCCAGAAAUAUAUAUGGUGAAGCGAAAGCGAUUAUAUCCUUGCAAAUAUUGGCCAAAGACCCCACUUCUUCUGAAGAAACACACAACAUUAAAUAUGGACGGGUUGAGGUGAUUCCAUGUUUUGAAAAAGAGUUGACAGAUUUGCUGUCGCAUGAUGGCGAUGCUAUCGAGUUCGAGUGUCGAGUGACAGGAAACCCCGAGCCCGAUAUCAAGUGGUACCAUUACACCGACAUAAUACGCGACAAUUCUGACUUCGAAACGACUUAUGAGCUCGGCACGGCGCGGCUGAAGAUUAAACAGGUUGCGGCUGACGAUGAAGGCACCUACACCUGCGAAGCGUACAACAGCCUCGGCAAAGCCAAGUCCAGCGCUUGCCUAGUUGUUUAUCCUCCCGGUGAACCGAACACUUUAAGUCAGCGGUUGAGGCGCCCACCCGCGCUGUUGUCAACCACGUCCACGCCACGCUCCACGCCACGCAGUACACCCGCCAGAUCGCUCUCCAGAAACAGAACCCCUGGUCCAGACAUGCGCAGCCUCUGCAGCCCGGCUCGAGAAGUUGCCCCCAAAUUCUAUACGUACCCGUUUAACAAAGUUGCCGAAGAAGGGGACACUGUAGUUUUUCAAUGCGCUGUUAAAGGCCUCCCUGCACCUUGGACCACAUGGGAUAAAGAUGGCGUCGUGAUAACGCCAUCAUCUAGAAUUAAUAUUAAAGAAAAGGACGAGAUUUUAAGAAUUUUAGAAAUAGAAGAGGUUACGAGCGAAGACGUUGGUCUAUAUAGAGUGACAUUGGAAAAUGAUUAUGGAGAAGUAGGUACUCCCCACUUCCAAGACAAGACUGAUAGAGAAAAUUCUCCAAAAGGUCACCGAAGUCCGCCGGCUGCCGAAUCGAUUUCAUAUUUGAGAUAUAAGAAGGGGAAGAGCCGCCCCCGUAAGAGUAAUGUUUGUUUGUUUUAUUCUGUUUAUUUAUAUGAAUUUUACGUCACAAUGAUAUAUUUAAGUCGUUUGCACAUCUUCAACAGAUGUUUGAUUUUAUUAUUAGGACCACAGAGCAUAGAAAUAUUAAAAAAUAACAUGAAGAGAUAG